CAGUACACUGACAAUAACAAAAUCAGCUGCUGUUUAAUUUGAGUUACUUUCUUUGUUCAUCGUUUCUUCUAAUUAAAUAACUCCUUCUUUAAUGGUUUUCGACUUGUUUCAAAAGUGUACAUAAAACAACAACAUGUCUACCUUAAAACCGAUUCAAGCAUUAAGCCUAGAUUCAGUACAACAACAGAGUUUCAUCAAAUUUUAUAAAUCUUUGCCUGAGAAACCGCCGACAACAGUGCGCAUAUUCGACCGCAACGACUACUUCAGCGUGCACGAUGUGGACGCGACCACCGCCGCUAAAGAGGUCUUCUCGUCUCUGGCCAACAUCAAGAUGAUGGGUGUGGAGCCUAGCCGUAUGGACUACCUGGUGCUGUCGAAAGGAAACUUCGAGAUUCUUGUUAAGAAGCUGCUUUUGGUACGUCGCUACAGAGUAGAGAUCUACGUGACAGAAGGUUCAGUGAAGGGCAACGACUGGGAGCUCAAGUACAAGGCGUCUCCGGGGUGCUUCUCCCAACUGGAAGACGUGUUGAGCGACGGGAUGGGCGUGUCAGAGGAAAACGCACCCUGUCUCAUGGCAGUUAAUAUCAAAACCGAUCCGGUUUCUAAGGGUCGUCUCCUAGGCGUCGCCUUCAUCACAGCCUGCGAGUACCAGAUGUCCGUAACGGAGUUCACAGACGACGAUCUUCUGACGCAGCUGGAGACUGUUACAGUGCAGAUGGCACCCUCCGAGUGUCUGGUGCCGGCUAGCGACACUGACGAGUUCAAAGCCCUCAAAAAGGUGAUGGAAAGGGCAAAAGUGACCGUAACUAAGCUGAAGAAGACCGAGUUUUCCACCGAAGGACUCAUCCAAGACCUGACCAGACUGCUCAAGUUCAAAGAUGACCAGAAACAAGACGCCAACGUGUUCACGGAGACCACUAAAGAAGUCGCCAUGACCAGCUUAGCCGCCGCCGUCAAAUACAUGUCUUUGAUGUCAGAUAGCAGCAAUUUUGGCAGAUACCGCAUAUCAACAACGCAAGUGGACUACUUCUUACACCUAGACUCAGCGGCGUUGGGCGCUCUCAAUGUGUUCCCGGAAUUAGGAGACGUGAGCCAUUCCCGGGCCAACAGCCUUUAUUCUAUGCUGGACCACUGCCGGACGCAGCAUGGGAAACGCCUCCUAGCCCAAUGGCUCCGUCAACCCCUCCGCGACAUAAACCUGAUCAACGAGCGACUGGACAUAGUGCAAGUUCUAGUAGAGAACUCGGCACUACGACUGCAGUUACAUGAUGAUCACCUGAGGAGGAUCCCCGACUUGCAGGCGCUGGCCCGGCGGCUGACUAGGAAGAAGGCUAAUCUGCAGGAUUGUUACAAGAUUUAUCAGGCAAUAACCCGCAUCCCGCCCCUGCUAACCUGCCUAUCCACAUCGGAGCACGCGUGCGUGCACUCGUUGCUGACGCAGCCGCUGGCCGAGCUCCGCGGCGACCUGCACAAGUACCAGCUGAUGAUGCAGUCCACGCUGGACAUGGACGCCGUGGAACGAGGCGACUACCUAGUGAAACCGUCGUUCGACGAGCAACUACAAAGCCUGGCCACUCAAUUGGAGCGAGUCCAAAAUCUAGCUGACAAGGAACUGAGCAAAGCGGCCAGGGACCUCGGUCUUGAAGCCGAAAAGACCAUCAAACUGGAGAACAACUCGCAGUAUGGCUUCUGUUUUAGAGUAACUCUAAAGGAAGAGCAAGGACUUCGUGGCAAAAAGAAGUAUACAAUACUCGACGCAGUGAAGUCAGGGGUUCGGUUUAAAACGAGCACGUUAGACGAACUCAACGAUGACUAUAAUCAAGCUAAAACUACUUAUGAAACUGAACAGGCCAAAGUUGUCACCGAAAUAGUGAGCAUUGCAGCUGGCUACUCGGAGUGUCUGUUCUGUCUGUCGCACAUGCUGUCCCGCCUGGACGUGCUGGUCGCGUUCUCUAUAGCCAGCGCCACCGCGCCCGCUGCCUACACACGACCGGUUCUGACUGAGAGUCUAGAUGAGUUGGUGUUGAAGGACGCUAGACAUCCGUGCCUGGAGUUAAUGGAAGGUGUUUCGUUUAUACCAAACGAUGUCGUAUUUAAGAGAGACAAAAGCCUAAUGCACAUAGUAACAGGCGCGAACAUGGGUGGCAAAUCCACGUGGAUGCGGUCAGCUGGCUCCAUAGUAGUGCUAGCUCACGCCGGUUGCUUCGUGCCCUGUUCCAAGGCCAUCAUACCGAUACUACGGUCCGUGUGUGCUAGAGUGGGAGCGCAUGAUAUGGAGCAAGCGGGACAGAGCACUUUCAUGUUGGAGAUGCAAGAGUCUACGCAUAUAUUGAAGACGGCGACACCGGAUUCAUUGGUGUUAGUGGACGAGCUGGGUCGAGGCACUUCCACCUACGAAGGGUGUGGGAUAGCCUGGGCUAUUGCUGAAGAGCUAGCAACAAAAACCAAAUGCUUCACGUUAUUCGCGACCCACUACCACGAGUUGACCCGUCUGCCGUCGCUACACCCUGGCGUCAUCGUGAACUCGCAUGCCGAAGCUUCAGUGGUGGAUGAUCAGCUGGUGUUGCUACACCGGAUCUCGGGCGGCGCGGCCACGCAAUCGUUGGGGCUACAUGUGGCUAGACUGGCUGAUCUGCCAGACUCUAUUAUUGAAUAUGCUGAAGCUAAACAGGCGCAGUUAGAAACGAAUCUCUUUGACAUUGAAAACUCUGGGAAUUCCAACGAAAACUCGGAAGGCCAACAAAUAAUUGUAGAAUUUCUACGAAAAUGUAAGGAAAUUGAGCAAAGUGCUGCCUCAGAUGAGAUUAUGCUGAAGAAAAUUAACGAUCUGAAGAAUGAUCUGUUUCAACACAACAACCAAUAUGUGAAGUCACUCAUUGCAGCUUAGAAAUGUAAAGUAUUGUGAUUUUUUUUACUUCUUUAUUAAACAUUUAAUGCUUCCUUUAAUAACGGAUUUUUUACAUUCCA